AAUUCAAAAGACUUUUACUAUGUAUAAACAUUUAGAAUAAUUGGGGGUUUCUUUACUAUUCCAUUUUACGACUAAACACGAUGUCGUAUGGAUCCGUAAGUGCGUCAGAGGGAUCUACGAAGGAUUCCGAUACCCUCGUUCAAUCAUCGCAGGUUGGAGACGAUGUUGAAGGCGGAAGCAUGGCCCCGCCUAUCGGUGAACAGGACCAGGCAGAUGGUCUUGUAGAGCAUGGCGAUGAACAAGGCCAAACUGUAGGGCAGAAAUUGAAGGGAUUCUACGAGAGGAACAUUGGUUUAUUCUUCGUGUUUCUUGCCCAGGUUUUCGCAUCGCUGAUGACGAUGACAACACGACUGCUCGAGACGGGCUUCGAGACGAAGUUCCAUGCCUUGCAGAUCAUCUUCGUGCGCAUGCUUGCGACGGCGAUAUUGGGUUCUUUGUACAUGUGGUAUAAGAAAAUCCCCGACUUUCCGCUUGGCCGUCGCGAUAUCCGGGGUCUCCUGGUGUUGCGGGGACUGGCUGGCUUCACCGGCCUUUUCUGUUCUUACUACUCGCUUUCGUAUUUGAACAUAUCAGACGCCACGGUGAUUUCCUUCCUGGUACCAACUAUGACCGCUUUCAUAUGUUUCAUCGCUCUAAGAGAACCAUUUACGGUGAAAGAGGCCAUAGCGGGUUUGAUCGCAUUCGCUGGCGUGCUCUUCAUCGCCCGACCAACGUUUCUCUUUCCGCAGCAUAGAGCACAUGAGCCGGAGCUCAACGGGACCAGGAUAUUUAUGGCAGAUCAGCCCAAGGGCAUAGUCCCCUCCGUACCUGCGACGCCGGCUGAACGCUCGAUUGCCGCACUCUUGGCCGUCAUCGGCACUUUUGGCGCUGCUGCUGCGUACUCCACGAUUCGAGUUAUCGGGAAGCGCGCGCACUCGCUCGUGAGCGUCAACUACUUCGCUGUUCUUGCGACAGUUGGAUCGUUUGUUAUCAUCCUCGUUGUUCCGGAUUUGCACUUCGAGAUCCCUCAGAAUGUUACGCAAUGGGCUCUACUGGUAGCCAUAGGUGUUGCGGGGUUUUUGCUACAGUUCCUCCUGACGGAAGGCCUGCAGAGGGAGAAGGCGGGUAGAGCGACGAAUCUGAUCUAUACGCAAAUGGUUUUCGCGCUUAUCCUUGAGAGAGUGGUCUGGGGCACAACACCUCCGGCCGAAAGUCUCUUUGGUAGUGCUUUAAUUAUUGGGUCUGCGAUAUGGGUUAGCCUACAGAAGAACAAGGCGGCCACCAAGCAGAAAGCUCUGGUCGUCGACGAAGAGCGGAGCCUUUUAGGGGCUGAUGCUCCUACAGAGAGUCAUGAGGACUAAUGUUUUAACGAAGUGAUGUUCCGCUAGAUUUAGCCCUAUUGAAGUGCCGCGUAGAGAUAGAGUUGUAUACUACCGUGCUUCUUUGCUGAUCGGACCCCCGCAGUAUUAGUUACGACCUCAUUGUCAAAUCUGUGUUAAUGGAGCAGUUAUCCAGCCUGGAAAUCCCCUUGUGUGGUCCCUUUAAACCUCCACCAAUGUCCAUUCAAAGGAGGGGACAUUUCUCCAACUGGAGAUCCGAUAAUAGGAGUCAAACGCAAUGCGAUGCUACUACCUAAUAGCUGCAGCCAACCGCUUACACAUGCAGGUUGAACUCACCUAGCAUUUAUGCAGGAAACUGUAGAUCUCAACGGUCAGAUGCGGCUCGACGUCAGUUGAUGGUCUUGAGGGGAAACGCAUUGAUGCCUAAUGAAGACAAGUUUAAAGCAUAUUGUUGUCACUAGGACAGAACCAAAGGAAAUGCUAG